ACAUAAUAAUAAUUUCUUUUUUCUUUUGUGUAUCAUUUGUCAUGUUAAAAGAUACGAAAAAUCAAAUUUAGUUGUUAGACCGACCUAUUCCAUAAGAAGCCUUCAUAUCGGACCGUCUUCGGAAUAUAUCUCUAUUAACGGAAUAUGGUCCUAGCCUCAGCUAGCACCAGUCACAUAUUCUCUCCUUGUGACACGUUAAUCUACAGACGUGAUUACGUAACACGACUAAGGUUCUUUUCACACCAAAUCCCCACCUAAUUCGCAACCCCUAUCAUAACCUUAAAAAUUAUCUACUGUUGCCAUAGAAACAACUAACUUUCCAUGAUAAGUCGCUUAAAUUCGUAUCGAAUGUUAUUUCAGUUAAACUUUAUUGAUAUCCAUAUCUGUUGACUUACUUCACAGUUAUUUUUAGCGCUCAUAUUUUAGCUUUUUUCUCUAAAAUGUUAUGAUUGGAUGAUAUCAACCCAAACUCGGCUGUUAACGGGAAUCAAUUACCUUCACCAUAAUUUGCAGAGUUAAAUGUCAAAAUAAGACAAAGAUAAACACUUUGACUCAGAGUCCAAUUUUAUUCCGAAUUAAUAAAUAUAUUUUCAUUUUUAAUUAGUUUUUUAAAGCGGGGAGAAAAUAUAUUAGGAAGUUUAAUUGAAUUAAAAAAAGAAAUACGCCAUGUAUUGUCGAAUAUCUUGCUGUAAAAUGUAAACUUUAUCCUAAUGGUCCAUCGCUGUGGCUGGCAGGUGUGUGUGGAUUAAUGUUAUCAACAUCGUGGGGUCAAUUAUUUGAGGCAUUUACUGACUUCCUCUGUUAGUCUUACUUAAAUUGCUCCCUUUUUUGCUUCCUGACUCUCUGUUUUUAUCUCUCACCUGGACUGUACCCGAUAAAAGCAAAUGAUGAAACGUAGACAAAAAGAUGUUCAACUCAAUUGAUCAUACCAAGAAAAAUCAAUUUUUAGAACAAACCAAGGCUGCCAGAGAAGAACGCGCUUUUGAGCGAAGGAGAGACAAUGCUGCCAUUAAAAUUCAAUCUUUGGUUAGAGGUCAUGUUUGCCGGGUCAAACUACAAACACAAGUUCGGCAGGAGUUGGAUUUACUUCUUCAAAUACCCCAGACUAUGGAUAUUGAAUAUAAUCCAAAACAACGACCAGUGCUGGAACUUUUCUCUGCCUUAAAGAAGUUUCUGUUUGUCUUUAAUAUCAAAGAAGACAAAAGGAGGUAUGAGUAUGUAUGCCGUUACCUUCUUGUCAGUGUACAGUCUGAGAACACAAAAACAUCGUAUGUUGCCAUGUCAAUGCAAAAACAACAUGUGCUUUCCUGGAUCCAACAACUGAAAACUGUGUUGUGGAAUUGUUGUGUGUGUCUCAAGUAUCUCAAGCCAGAAAAUCACCGUGAUAACCAAGCAAUUGUGGUUCAUUUACGUAUGCUAAUUACUUUCACAAGUAUUGGGUCUUGGGGUAUAGUGAAAGGAAAGACUGGUGAGGCACUUAAGCCUGGACUUAAUCAGCUUUGUAAUAACAUCAUGGGGUUUCUGAAUAGCAAAGGUCUCUAUAGUGUUAUACAGGUUCUUCUUACCCGAGGUCUUGCUCGGUCCAAACCAGUCUUCAGCAACACAUCACUCACAGCUGUUAUCACUAUAGCACUUCGACCACUGUUGGCAUCCAACUUUUCUGAGAACCUCAUGACAAUGUUUCUCCUCCAUAUUCUGUCUGUUCCUGCAGUUAUCUAUCACAUUAAUAUGCAUUCUCAAGAGUGUAUGAACACAUUAGUAACACAUCGUAUCUUUAAACGGUGUCUUGAUUUAUUAACCAAUGAACAAAGUACUCGCAUAGUGUUCAAUUCAUUAGAAGGAAACUAUGCUCUGUGCCUUUUAGCUAAUCUGGUACAUCUUGGCUAUACUGAAGUUGAGGGUUUGGUUGAAAAUACUUUAAAAUUUAUGAACGUAAUGAUAUAUUUAUUGGACAGUUGUAAAAAAUAUGUCCAAAGCAAGAAAUCGAACCUGACAUUGUGGCACCCUGUUUUAGGUUGGUUCUCCCAAAACACAGACCAAAGUUUACAUGAAGCCAUGCCAUAUGUUGUGAAACAACUACAGCUUCUGUGGAGUAGCAAAAUGAUUCGAUUACUGUUUAAUGAAUUGCUGGAGUAUGUUGAUGCCAAUAAACAAACACAACAACAGACCAAGUCCAGUGCCUCUUCACCAACUAAAGGCCUUCUGAAAAAAGCUCUAGAAAAAGCCUCUUCAAAGAACACUUGUGCCAAAAUCAAACUUGGUAGUCACGUUGCCAGAGCCACCUGCCUACCUUGUGAUCUAUAUCAACAAGCCAUCAAUACUUUAAGCCAACUCAGAUUAGACAUACUUGGAGGUCUUAGUUACAACAAAGUUCUCCUUCCAAUAUUGUGGAAAUUUCUUUGUGACUUAGGCCCAAGCUGUGGCCUUAAAGUGUUUCUAGAAUUGUUCCCUCAGAGCCCCAACACCACCUUACAUCCUGUGUUUAGCCUUCUUUCCUUGUUUUCUGAGUCAGCUGGACACUUGAUCACCACCCUUGAUGACAUUGAGAUGUAUGAACAACAGCGCAUGUUUUCCAUUGAUGACUAUAUCAAAAUGAGUGACUUCCUCAAUCAUUUCGUCUUCAAAGUCAUUUGGAAUUCGUUAAUAGACUUUCAAGUGACCGGCUCUUGUAAUGUCUUUAGCGCUGCUCGUAGCCUGCUAAUGAUUCUUUAUGAAAGAGAUAGUCGUCGGUCAUUCACUCCCAAGGACCAUUGGCUAAUUCGAGAUGUGAAACCAUCGACUAUAAUUUCUGAACUGGAAGCUGGCAGAAAAAAUGCUCAAUUUAUUAUGCAAAAGAUUCCACACAUUAUACCAUUUAGUGAGCGAGUAGUUUUGUUCCGAAAAUAUGUUAUGAAGGAGAAAGAUUUCCUUGGACUUACCGAAUCUGUUUGUACAUCUCCACAGUCAACACUAAUAACAAUCCACCGGUCUCGUAUAGUCGAGGAUGGCUACAGACAGUUAGCACAAUUACCUGCUCGCAACCUCAAAGGUGUUAUCAGAGUAAAAUUUGUAAAUGAACAGGGUUUAGAUGAGGCAGGAAUUGAUCAAGAUGGUGUAUUUAAAGAAUUUUUAGAGGAAACUAUUUCAAGGGUAUUUGAUCCAUCUUUGAGUCUAUUCAAGGCAACUAGUGAACAGAAGCUGUAUCCUUCAUCAACAUCCUAUAUUCAAGAAGAUCACUUGGCACUUUUUGAUUUUCUGGGACGGAUGUUAGGAAAAGCUGUCUAUGAGGGUAUUGUUGUUGAUGUGCCAUUUGCACCGUUCUUCCUGACACAAAUUCUUGGCCAUCAGCAGAGUUCAACCUACAGUUCCCUUGAUGAAUUACCAUCUUUAGACCCAGAACUUGCCAAAAGUCUUUCAUACCUCAAGCAUUAUGAGGGUGAUGUCAGUGAAUUAGAUCUAACAUUUUCCUGUGAUGAAGAUUGCAUGGGUCGGCUUGAGACACACGAACUUGUACCUGGAGGAAAAGUUAUUGGAGUUACAGAUGAAAACAAGAUCCGUUAUGUCCAUUUGAUGGCUCAUUUUCGAAUGUACUGCCAGAUAAAGGAGCAAACUGCUGCCUUCAUCCGUGGGUUUCGAUCAGUGGUUAACCAUGAAUGGCUCAAUAUGUUCUCAGCUCCUGAACUACAGAAGCUUAUUUCUGGUGACAAUAGAGAUAUCGACAUAGAAGACUUAAGACGUCAUACUCAGUAUUAUGGUGGCUAUCAUAACAACCACAGAGUAAUCAACUGGUUAUGGGAUAUCGUGGACCAUGACUUUAGUGCUCAUGAGAGAAGUCUUUUCCUUAAAUUUGUCACAAGCUGUUCUAAACCUCCACUGUUAGGUUUCUCCACACUCGAUCCUGCAUUUUCCAUUCGGUGUGUAGAAGUUAGUGAUGAUCAGGACACCGGGGAUACUGUUGGCAGCGUUCUUAAAGGAUUUUUCAAUAUACGUAAAAAGGACCCCAUUGGUCGUUUACCAACAUCUUCAACUUGUUUCAAUCUUCUUAAACUGCCUAACUACCAGAAGAAGAGCACUUUGAAGGAAAAAUUACGAUAUGCCAUUCAUUCAAACACUGGCUUUGAGUUAUCUUAGCUUUUGUGUGUCACGAAUGCACAAAAUGUCGUUUCAGUUGACCAUCUGACAGAAUACAGCAUGGAUGUGGAAAAUAGAUCUACAUUUGUUCAUGUGAGUAAGAAAAAUGAGAAUAUAUUUACAAAGCUAAAGAAAAAAACACACAAAAAAAGAAAUACAUUCCUAAAGCUUUACUUUAAAAAAAAAAUGAAAAACAUUUUGUGAACUUUUCAGACAUUUCAAAUAAAAGCAAUAAUUUUUUUAUUCAAUAUGGAAGUAAUUAGCAAUGUUGGUGAGAGUGAUUGGCACUGUAGAUUCUUAUAUUCUGUUUACCCUCUGUUGUUCUGAUAUUAUUAAUUCUUUCCAUCUUAAAGAACAUAAAAAGAAACCACAUGAGGAGUGAAACCAGCCCUAAAUACAUAUCACAUACAAAUUUAUUUUUCUACUCAAAAUUUAAAAUGCUUAAUUUUUUUUUCUUUUGGUUAUUUCCAUUACAUUUGUUCAUAAAUUUGCCUGAAUCAACAACACUAAAAUUCAAAUAAAUAAAUAAAUAAAAUAUAUCAGGUAACAUUAUUAAAAAAAACCCAUUGGAGAGAAAUAAAUUUGUAUAUGAUGUGUAUCUAAGACUUCAUCAGAUUCAUGUGCUGUGAAUAUUUUGGUACUUAAUGUUGAAACAACCAUUGCUGUAUGAUGUAAGCAGAAAUAUUUGAAGUGGUCAAACUUCAAAGUAUGUCUUUUAUUGAUUUGCUUUGAACCGAAUCUUAGUGUAAGGAAUCACAACUGUACAUAAAACAAAUCUGAAUAUUACCUGACUGAGAUUAAGAGGAUUAGCAAAGACAUUUUGUCACUACAUGACAGAGCUCAAAAUAGUAGGAAAUGUACCAAAGAGAUACAUUUUCUUGAUGUUUUCUUAAACUGAAAUGGUUGUAGAUUAGCCAGGUAAGUACUUGGUGUGUCAUCUUUGUGUAGACUGUCAUUGUGUUAAACAAAAGAAAAUGGAAAAAUAAAUACAAUUAUAAAAACUA